GCUCGGCGCAGGCGGAGGGUGCUCAGUGGGAAGCAGACUCUUCCAGCAUCACUCGUACAGCUGACAUCCUCUCAGAGAGCAAGUACAACCAGGGCCUAUCCUUGUCUGAACUUCGGCCACAUUCUACACCCCAUCUCAGCUCGGAGAGGACAAACGGGGAUCUUACAGGAGCUCCGCUAGCAGGUUAGGGCAACAGCAAGGGACGCAUCCCUCCCCCGACACAGCAAUAUGUUAGAUCCGUCGUCCAGUGAGGAGGAAUCUGAUGGGAUAGUGGAGGAAGAGAGCAAAGAGGCUAUGGCACCUCAGGCCGGAUCCCGCAUCUCCCCGAGCAGGACCAGCGAGAGCUCGGGUGGUCUGGCCCCCAGCAGCAGCCGCAGCAGCGCCCGUCCGACCAGCCCGAGCCCUUCCGCCGCCAGCGAGGAGAAGGAGGACCUGGAGAAGAUGCACAGAGAGGAAGAGGAGCGCAAAAAGAAGCUGCAGUUGUAUGUUUUUGUGAUGCGAUGCAUCGCUUAUCCAUUCAACGCCAAGCAGCCCACAGAUAUGGCCAGGCGACAGCAAAAGAUAACCAAGCAGCAGCUUCAGCAGACCAAGGACCGCUUCCAGGCUUUCCUCAACGGAGACACACAAAUUGUAGCUGAUGAGGCUUUCAUCAACGCUGUGCAGAGUUACUCUGAGGUGUUUCUAAAGAGUGACCGCGUUGCUAAGAUGGUCCAGAGCGGCGGCUUCUCGGCCAGCGACUUCAGGGAAGUGUUCAAGAGGCACAUUGAGAAGCGCGUGAGAAGCCUCCCAGAGAUCGAUGGUCUCAGCAAGGAGACGGUGCUCAGCUCCUGGAUGGCCAAAUUUGACACCAUCUACCGCGGUGAUGAGGAUCCACGGAAGGCACAGCAACGCAUGACCGCCAGCGCUGCUUCUGAGCUGAUCCUCAGCAAGGACCAGUUAUACGAGAUGUUUCAGAACAUCCUCGGCAUCAAGAAGUUUGAGCACCAGCUGCUUUAUCAAGCCUGUCAGCUGGACAAUCUGGACGAGCAGGCUGCACAGAUCAGAAGAGAGCUAGAUGGUCGUCUUCAGAUGGCCGACCAGAUUGCCAGGGGUGGUAAGUUUCCCAAAUUUGUGUCUAAAGAAAUGGAGGCCAUGUACAUCGAGGAAUUGAAGUCAUCGGUGAAUCAACUGAUGGCCAAUCUGGAAAGCAUGCCUGUGUCCAAGGGUGGGGAGUUUAAACUCCAAAAGCUGAAACGGGGACACAACACCUCCAUCAUCGACAUGGGCCAGGAGGACGAGAACACACUUUCCAAAUCCGACGUGGUCCUGUCCUUCAAUCUGGAGGUGGUGAUCAUGGAAGUGCAGGGGCUGAAAUCCUUGGCUCCGAACAGGAUUGUUUACUGCACCAUGGAGGUGGAGGGAGGCCAGAAGCUCCAGACCGACCAAGCAGAGGCGUCCAAGCCAACCUGGGGAACCCAGGGGGACUUUACCACCACACACCCUUUGCCCGCUGUCAAGGUGAAACUGUUUACAGAGAGUACAGGCGUGUUGGCACUGGAGGACAAAGAACUGGGCAGGGUCGUCCUCCACCCGACACCAAACAGCCCCAAACAGUCAGAGCUCCAUAAGAUGACCGUGACCAAGGCCUGUCCCGACCAGGACCUGAAGAUCAAACUGGCUGUGCGUAUGGACAAACCACAGAACAUGAAACACUGCGGGUAUCUGUGGGCUUUUGGGAAGAAUGUUUGGAAGCGCUGGAAGAAGCGUUUCUUUGUCCUUGUGCAGGUGAGUCAGUAUACGUUUGCAAUGUGCAGCUACAGAGAGAAAAAGUCUGAGCCACAGGAGCUUCUCCAGCUGGAUGGAUACACCGUGGACUACAGUGACCCUCAGCCAGGCCUGGAUGGUGGCAGAGCCUUCUUUAAUGCAGUGAAGGAGGGCGACACUGUGAUCUUUGCCAGCGACGACGAGCAAGACCGCAUCCUGUGGGUCCAGGCCAUGUACCGCGCCACCGGCCAGUCCCACAAGCCCAUCCCCCCUACUCAGGUCCAGAAACUAAACUCCAAAGGUGGCGCUUCAGCCCAAAUGGAUGCCCCCAUCUCUCAGUUCUACGCUGACAGAGCUCAGAAACAUGGCAUGGAUGAGUUUAUCUCCGCUAACCCCUGUAACUAUGACCACGCCUCGCUUUUUGAGAUGUUGCAGCGUCUCACGUUGGAUCACAGGCUCAAUGACACCUUCUGCUGCUUGGGAUGGUUCAGUCCAGGCCAGGUGUUUGUCCUGGAUGAGUACUGUGCGAGGAACGGAGUUCGAGGUUGCCACAGACAUCUUGGCUACCUGCGUGAUCUCCUGGAAAGAGCAGAAAAUGGGGCGAUCAUUGACCCCACUCUCCUUCACUACAGCUUUGCCUUUUGUGCGUCCCAUGUUCAUGGGAACAGGCCAGACGGGCUGAGCACGGUGAAGGUGGAUGAGAAGGACCGCUUCGAGGACAUCAAAGAGCGGUUGCGUGUGAUACUGGAGAACCACAUUGUAAAUUUCAGAUACUGUUUUCCCUUCGGUCGUCCAGAAGGUGCAUUGAAAGCCACUUUGUCUCUACUGGAAAGGGUCCUGAUGAAGGAUAUUGUGACUCCAGUUCCUCCAGAGGAAGUUAAAGGAGUUAUCCGCAAAUGUUUAGAGCAGGCGGCUCAGCUCAACUACCAGCGGAUUAAAGACUAUGCCAAAAUCGAAGGAAAAAAGAGGGAAAUGUAUGAACACCCUGUCUUCUGCUUGGCCUCUCAAGUGAUGGAUUUAACCAUCCUUGAGAAAGGUCAAAAGGAUCAAAAGGAUCCAGAGAACGUAGGCCGCUUAGUCACGCCUGCCAAAAGGCUGGAGGAAACAAUUCGCCUGGCGGAGUUAGUCAUAGAGGUCCUCCAGCAGAACCAGGAACACCACGCGGAGGCGGCAGUCACAAGCUCUGCAGAUCAAUCGGCGUUUGCAUGGUGGACGGACCUCAUGGUGGAGCAUGCAGAAAACUUCUUGGCCCUCUAUGCCAUCGAUAUGGAUGCUGCUCUGGAGAUCCAAUCCCCCGAGAGCUGGGACAGCUUUCCUCUCUUCCAGCUGCUCAACGACUUCCUCCGGACAGACUAUCACUUGUGCAAUGGAAAGUUCCACAAACACCUCCAGGAUCUGUAUGCUCCUCUGGUGGUUAGAUAUGUGGAUCUGAUGGAGUCCUCCAUUGCACAAUCAAUUCACAAGGGCUUUGAGAGGGAGUCCUGGGAGCCUGUUAAGAGUUUAACAAGUAAUCUGCCCAAUGUGAAUCUACCAAAUGUGAACCUCCAAAUUCCCAAAGUACCAAAUCUGCCAGUGCCAGUAGCAGGACUAUCAGUUAACCUUCCACAAAUGCCUAGCUUUUCUACCCCGUCUUGGAUGGCUGCUAUAUAUGACUCUGAUAAUGGCUCCGGAACUUCAGAGGAUCUCUUCUGGAAGUUGGAUGCCCUUCAGACUUUCAUCAGAGACCUGCACUGGCCAGAGGAGGAGUUCGCCAAGCACCUGGAGAGUCGCAUCAAGCUCAUGUCAAGCAACAUGAUCGAGAACUGCGUCAAGCGCACCAGGAUGGCCUUUGAGUCCAAACUGACCAAGAGCAGUAAGUCCACCGAUUUCCGCAUCUCUCCAUCAUUAUGCACCAUGUUCAACGUGAUGGUUGAUGCCAAGGACCAAUCAGCUAAACUUUGUGCCAUGGAAAUGGGCCAAGAGAAACAGUUCCACUCCCAAAUAGACGAACUGAUUGAGGAAAGUGUGAAAGACAUGAUCCAGCUGCUGGUGGCAAAGUUUGUCGCCAUUCUGGAAGGAGUUUUGGCUAAAAUAUCCAGAUACGACGAAGGAACUCUUUUCUCUUCCUUCCUUUCAUUUACGGUGAAAGCUGCCUCAAAAUAUGUGGAUGUACCUAAACCUGGAAUGGACGUAGCCGACGGCUACGUGACCUUUAUGCGCCACUCUCAGGACAUGCUUCGAGAAAAGGUCAAUGAGGAGGUGUAUAUAGAACGGUUAUUUGAUCAAUGGUACACUGCCACCAUGAACCUGCUGGGGACCUGGCUCACCGAGCGCAUGGAUCAACAGCUCCACGUCUACCAGCUCAAGAUCCUCAUCAGGGUCACAAAGAAAAAGUACAGAGACUUCCGCCUGCAGGGCGUCCUGGACUCCACUCUGAACAGUAAAAUGUACGACACGGUGCGCAACAGGCUGACGGUGGAGGAGGCUACCGCUUCGGUGAGGGAAGGAGGCAUGCAGGGCAUCUCCAUGAAAGACAGCGACGAGGAAGAUGAAGAGGACUAGAGCCUGUGCACUGACUCUCCAACCCGUCUGUCUGUCCAGAAAAAAGAAACCCUUCUCCUCUUCCUCGUCCACUUCUCACCCCGGCCUCCCUUUUACACUUUUGACUUUAGCCUGGUUACUGAUGCAUGUACCAACUCAGAUAGCCACUCUAGGACCUCUUUGUCAGCUCGAAAUGCCUAUGAAGGAAACAUUAAAUAUAAAAAUAGAAAUUAUAAUAAAAAAAACAUAAAAAAUAACCAUGAUUGGCAGAUUAGCUGUGUCAUCAUAAAGAUAGCUCCUACCUUUGAUCCUCACUCAUUUCUAAAUUCACUUCUAUGUGUUACUAAGCAAUAUGGAGAACCAUAUGUUUGACGAUGUUGAGUGAGAUUAAUCGGUGUGUCCCUGUCCAACGCAAACCUAUAUGGCGCUUCUUUGUCGUACUCUACAUUCAUUAAUGGUAUGUUGUCGUGACGAUGAGUGUGUGGACCCUUUUCUUUGUCUCGUCUGUUUUUAAGUGAAUGCCAACUGCUUCUGACUAAAAAUAAAAAAAAAACCUCUGUAUCUGUUCACGGCUGUUAAAAGAGAAACUGUCGUCUGCUCAGAUGUCAUCGACAGGAAGUCUAGACCUGCGUUUCUAUCAUGUGUCAAUGCUAUGUGAUCUCAUCCCAAUUACUAAUUAGUCAAGACUCAACGGCGAGUGGGGGAUUCAGGAGAUGCAAUAGUCUCAGAUCCAUUUUGAUAACUCGGAAGAUUCUAUUUUUAUUUCAACAGUUUAAAAAAAGGCCAAGAAACAGGUUCUAUUUUAAUUGAGUUGCACUUUUACAGAGAAAAAGAGCAAAAAACCAUUUUUUUAUCGAGAAAAAACAAAGUUGGUCUGUCUUUGUUCUGUAACUGUGUAGAAUGAGAUGUCUGGCAUUUGUUUGGGUCUCACUGUUGUUUUGUAUAUAUUAUAUAAAUAUAUAUAAAUAUUAAAUGCUGUACAUUGCAUUCUGAGCCAUCGCUGCAUGCCCGUGGGCCCACCCCUCCUCCAAAACGCUUUGUUUUCUGUGUGAAUUAGCUGGUGAACUCAUUCUUGCUUUUGCCUUAUGAAAGCCAACAGUUGUAAUAUGCAAGAGCUGUGGCCUCCAAAUAAAAAUUAUUGUACAUGUG